AUGGCAAAUUAUCUUGGAGUUAGAGAAUCAAUGACUUUGUUACUUCCUAAAGAAUUCCCAAUUUCAUUGAUGCUAGUGGGUGGCAUCGCUUUUGCUCAGCACUACGCUACAUUGUACUAUAUUGAGAAGAGAAAGCAAUACUAUGGGAGAUUGAAGUACAUGGAUAAUUAUAAGGAAGACCAUGAGAUUGCUUUCAGUGGAAGCAAGAAAAUCCAUCCUUACGGAGAUCCAUGCUCAGUAGAUGGCUGGUACUCCUCAAAGCUGUCCUAUCGUGAAUGGUAUGAAUUAGCUUGUGCUAAGAGAGCUCAUCAAGAGCAAGUCGAGAAUUCCUCUCUCGCAAUCAUUUGGGAAUUAAUUGGGACUCUUUAAUUUCCUCUUUUAAGCAUCGGUUUUGGGGCUGUGUACCUCUAUGGAACUAUCGCGUUUGCCAAAAGUUAUUAACACGAAGGCGCAAACACUGGUAAAAAGUGUCUAGGUAGAAUACUAAUGAGAGGAUCACUAUGGGCGUUAGGGGGUCUAGCUAUUACUGCAGCUGGCGUAUUGACUUGUAAGAAUUACGACAUCGAUAUUGGGGCAAUCUUAAAGAAAGCAUUAAGACAAUGA